CUCGCUGUUUGUUUGUGUAGCUUGAGGUUGAAAAUGGCGGUGGGGAGAGACCAACGGGAGAAUUAAAGACACAAAUAACGCGUCGCUUCGGAUGACAGCUUCGGCACAGCUCCGUCAGCGGACGAAGGAAGGCCUUCGGCGUCGUGCAGGCCGCCGGCUUUCCCCGAGUCUCGGCGAAGGGCGUCUGCAGCGCGGCUGAAAACAAGCAGCGUCGCGGAUUUAAAAUAGCUCUCGGAUUUAGCCAGCUAGCCUCGUUAGCUCGGUGGCUUUCCACGGGAAGAUUUAACGGCGACAACCUCUUUCGCUAGCCAGGCUAACCUGGUGCAACUCCGGCCAGCCAAGUGGGCUUCUCGCCGUUCGUGUUAGCGGAGUAGGUUGGUUCCGACGCCGAGCAGAACUCGUGGGCUCGCUCGCCUUGUCAAAACAUUUGCAUCUGAUUGAAUGCAUAACUAAUCGCUCCAUCUGGCGACUCUCGCAGGCUAAGAGCAGCGGGCGCAGUCGUUCAACGUCUAGGAAGUUCGAGAAUCUUCCACAACGGAGCAGGUUGUGUACAGUGUCCAGUUGUUUUCUGCCUCCCCCAGUGGGAUGGUGCUGCCUGACGGAGAGGGCAUGGCGCCAUAGCCCCUCUGCUCGCCUGCCACCAUCACACAAGCCCACUGCAGUGGACCACAAUCACAGUGCUCCCCUCAAUGCACACCCUCUUGGAGCCCUAGAUCAACUUUGCAUAAGCUCAAAAUGAGUGCUGCGGGAGAGAAUGCCCUUGACCCCGCCACCCCGGAGUCACGCAAAAGGAAAGGCUCACCAUGUGACACCUCUGGCCCAAGUGUGGAGAAGCGGCGUCGGGAGCUGGAGUGCCGCUACAUCGACGAGCUGGCCGAGCUGCUGUCAGCCAACAUGGGUGACCUCGCUGGCCUGAGUGUGAAGCCGGACAAAUGCCACAUCCUCAAGAGCACGGUGGACCAGAUCCAGCAGAUCAAACGCCGCGAGCAGGAAAAAGCAGCUCUGAUGUCCCCAGAUGAUGAGGUGCAGAAGAGCGAUGUGUCGUCCAGCAGUCAGGGCAUGGUGGAGAAGGAGGCUCUGGGCCCCCUACUUCUGGAGGCCCUGGACGGCUUCUUCUUUGUGGUAAACCGAGAGGGCCGGAUUGUGUUUGUGUCGGAAAACGUCACCAACUACCUAGGCUACAGCCAGGAGGAGCUGAUGACAUCCAGCGUCUAUAGCAUCCUGCAUGUCGGCGACCACAACGAGUUUGUUCGCAACCUGUUGCCCAAAAGCCUGGUGAAUGGGGUGCCUUGGCCGCAGGAACAAGGCCGGCGGAACAGCCACACGUUUAACUGCAGGCUGCUGAAGAGGCCUCCAGAUGAAGUGGACUCUGAAAACCAGGAAGCCCGGCAGCAAUACGAGCAUAUGCAGUGUUUCACCAUCUCGCAGCCGAGAGCCAUACAGGAGGAGGGCGAGGACUUGCAGAGCUGCCUGAUCUGCAUAGCGUGCCGCGCACCCCGUCCGCCACAAAUUCCCGUCAGCACGGAGUCCUUCAUCACCAAGCAGGACCCCACAGGGAAGAUCAUCUCCAUUGAGACGAGUGCUCUGAGAGCCACUGGCCGGCCAGGCUGGGAGGACCUGGUCAGGAAGUGCAUUUACGCCUUCUUCCAGCCUCAGGGCAAAGAACCCUCCCACGCCAAGAAGCUGCUACAAGAGGUGAUGACCCAUGGCACGGCCAUCAGCCCUCUGUACCGUUUCACACUCAGUGACGGGACACCCCUCAGUGCGCAGACGCGCUGCAAAUUCUGCUGCCCCCCCAACCCCGAUGAACAGCCCUUCAUCAUGGGCAUCCACACUAUCGACAGGGAACACAACACUGCUAGCUCUCAGGAAAACACUACCCCUAGCCUUCUGUCCCCCUCGGCCCCUCCAGCCCGCUCUCCCGCCCUACGGCCCUCCAGUGACCUCGGCCUGCAUCUCAACAAUGGAAACGGCACCUGCCCCACGCCGGGUCCUCCUGCCUCCACCCCGCCGGGCUACCUGACGCCCAGUCGUGCAGGGCCACCCCAGCAGGUCAACAGCCCUUCACCGCUGGGCAGCCCCCUCACAGCCACCCCUACCUCAUUUAUGUCACCGCGGCCUCCGCGUGGCAGCCCAGGUCUUGCAGGCAGCCCCCGCAUCCCGGGACACCCUUUCUCGCCCCCCACGCCUGGCAUCCACUCUCCGGCUGGCGCCCUGGCCCGGCAGCAGUCUGGUGGAGACGGCAAUGCCUUCUCUCUCCCCUCCCCCCUGCCACCCAGACAGACAUCCACCCCCAGCAGCUCCCCAGCUCGUCCGCCUCCAGCCAAGCCACCUGAGCUGGGCAUUGACGAGCCCAAGAGCACAGCGGUGAGCAACCCAAAACUCAACCAGCUCCUGGACAGCAGCAGCAGUGUCGCUGGCCCUGCAGACCACGAGCUCUUGCCGGCCACGCAGACCCGUCCGCAGCCUGCCGCCCAGUGCCCAGCCUCCCACAGCACCCUGACAGAGCGCCACAAGAUCCUGCAUCGGCUGCUCCAGGAUAGCAGCCCCGCCGACACCUCCAAGGAUGCGGAGAUCAAGAAGGAGCCGCCAAUCAGCCCCAGCCAAGGCACAGGCCCAGUCUCCAUUGCUGGAGGCAGCAAAGAGCCGCAGGACCACCAGCUACUGCGCUUUUUACUUGACACAGAUGAGAAGGACCUGGCUGACCUGCCCCCACCCGCUGCACUCAGCCUUCAGACGAUCCGGGUCAAAUCGGAGAAGAAAGUGGGUGGAGAGAGUGGGACCUGCGUUGCUACAAUAGCUACUGGCCCUGCUGCUCCUGCAGCUUCUCCUGCUUCUGCAGUUACCUGCUCACCCAAAUCCAGCGACCGGUCCAGCGCGCAGUUUCCCAGUGAUUUGGACACGUUGAACCAGCUGCUGCCCACCCCGAGGGGCCCUGUGGGCGGGAAGCCAGUAGAGGAGCUGGGGCUGCCCCAGCCGGCCGACGACAACAUUCCCAUCGGCGUGAGCGUGAAACGUGAACCGCCUGGGACACCCAGCCGUGUGUUCCCUGAUGGCUCCAGUCUUCAGAGCCAGUCUCCUUUCGACUUCUGCAGCCCCUCUACACCCACCCAGGCUCAGGGCCCAGGGCUGGUUCAGGCUGACCCCUUCCAGCCACCCAAAGAGAGCAGCAGCCCAUUUGCUGAUCCCACCAACAUCAACACCUUCAAUGCCAGCACAGGACUGGCCAAGCUGGAGCUGCCCGACUCCCAGCAGUUCCAGCCCAUGUCCUUGCCUGACCUGGCUUUCGAUGGUACCCUGGGAACCCAGACACACGCCCCUCUGCCCUCUCCUCAAGAGCAGUGUGUACCAUGCCCACUGGACGAGAUGCUGUGCCCUCCUACCACCCCAGAGGGCCGAAGUGACGAGAAGGCCCUGUUGGAGCAGCUGGUGUCGUUCCUGAGCGGCACAGAUGAAAGCGAGCUGGCUGAGCUUGACCGGGCGCUGGGCAUUGACAAAAUUGUCCAGAGUGGAUGCCUGGAUCAGAUCUCCCAGCGUUUCCCCCCACCACAGGCGCCAGCACCGGUGCCCAUGGAUCCCAAGGUCCCCAGCUAUACCACCCAGUUCCCCACCUCACCCUCUCAAUUCCCAGCUGAGAUGGGUGCCACGCAGGGCGUGGGCUUUGGAGCACCUCGAGUGCCCUUUACAGGCAACAUGGGCAUGAACACGAUGCGGCCUGGCCUGAACCGAGCCCCUGGGAUACCUAACCAGCUGCGCCUGCCGCCCAACCAGCUGAGGCUGCAGCUUCAGCAGCGUCUGCAGGGACCGCAGCAGCUUCAGAACAGGCUCGCAGCCAUGGGCCAGUUCCCACAAGGGGCGCCGGUUGCUAUGGGGAUGCGUCAGGGCAUGCAGCAGCCCCAGAUGCCAUCGCAGCCUCCACUCAAUGCUCAGAUGCUUGCCCAGCGGCAGAGGGAGCUCUACAGCUUCCAGCACCGCCAGAGGCAGCUGCUUCAGCAGAAGGUCCUGAUGAUGAGGCAAGGAAUUACCACGGGGCCUAUGGCAGCCCAACGAGUCCCCAAAGGCCCCCAGCAGCCUCAGCAGCCACAGCAACAGCAGCCGCAGCAGCAGUUUGGCUAUCCCCCAGGUUACAACACUGUUCCUGGAAACACCCCUACCUCCCCCAGCCACUUCAGCCCAUUGGGGGGACCUCUGGACCCCAAGCUGUCUGCCAGGGGACCCCUGGCAAACCAAGGCAUGAUGGGAGGCAUGCAAGGGCAGUUUGGGGCACCUGUGAAUUCCCCAGUUCAGCAGGGGCUUUUCCAGCAGUUUGGGGGUCCAGGCAUGGUCCAGCAAGGAGAUCCAUCUUUCCCCCCUGAGCUUGGACCCACCAGCCCCUUGCUGUCACCACAGAACUCUACCUCCCAGAGUCCUCUGCUUCAGCAGACACAGCCGCCACCUGGUUACCAGUCACCUGACAUGAAGAACUGGCAGCAAGGUGGCAUAACUAAUAACAGUUUAUAUAACCAGACUGGCCAGACUGCUUCGCAGAAUUUUGGCCAACAGGGUGUGUACAACAACAUGAGCAUCACCGUAUCCAUGGCCGGGGGCACGGGAGCCGUGGGUUCACUACCUCCAAUCGGACCACCAGUUGGCAUGGGCAGCAACAACCUUGGCAGUGUCAACUCUAUGUGUAAUGAUCAGCAAGUUCAAGUUUUUGCUGAUGUCCAGUGCACAGUAAACCUCGUGGGGAGUGACUCCUACCUGAACCAGCCUGGGCCCAUGGGGCCCCAGAAGACCCAGAGUGGAGCCCCCACCUCCCAGUCCCAGCAGAAGAGCCUCCUGCAGCAGCUCUUGACUGAGUGACCCUCCUAGAGACGCCUGCCUAGACAACAGUCUCUUAACGCGUAGAGAUUUCUAUUCGUCACCUUUGGUUUCUAUACAGUAAUAUCCGCAGGGGUCGGUGUCCAUGGGCCCGGGGGGCUGAAUGGUGUUUCGCGGGCUGUUAGACAGCGUGCUCGUUCCUGAUCACCUACUUUUCAAAGUCUGCUUUCUAAAUGGAAAAAAUUAUACUAUAUAUAUAGUGUGUGUGUGUAUAUAUGUAUGUGUGUGUGUAUGUGUAUAUAUAUAUA